AUGUUAGAGAACUCCAAGUUUUGCAUCAGCUUCAAGUUUAGCGGCACGCAAAGGCAUUGCCCGAGACAGCGACCUGCGGCCAGAAGUUGCUCUGCAAUAUGCUGCUCCCUGCUCUAUAAGCUGUCCCUUCUCGUACUGCUAUGCGUGCUGGGAUUGCUGUUGCUGCAAAACAACAGCCAGCUCAAGACUGUGGAGCCUUUGCCAACAGCGCGUAUCUUUUGUAUUAUCUCCACCUUCGAUUUUCGGCAUAACUCCGUGGCAGUGCAUACCAAGCGUACUUGGUCCAAGAAAUGCGAUCAUCAUCUAUUUGUCAGCAACGAUGCCCACGAGGAGGUGGAGCCAGCAGUGUUUGCGCAUAUUAAUGAUAAGUGGCAGCAAAUGCGUGCGCAACUCGAGUACGUGUACAAAUAUCACUUUGAUGAGGGCGAUUGGUUUCUCUAUAUCAAUGACGAUAACUAUGUGAUGGUGGAGAACUUGCGCUAUAUGCUGCACACCUACAGCCCCGAGGAGCUCAUCUACUUUGGCUGCAAGCUAAGAAGUGAGACAAAUCAGGCAUAUAUGUAUGAUCGCUCGGGCAUUGUGUUAAGCAGCGCUGCACUCAGUCAAUUCGUUCUGCGAGCCAUGCCCAACCAAACGAUAUGCAGCCCAGACCCGCAGGGGUAUGCUCCGUAUGAAGAGUUGGGUCGAUGCCUCAGCAAUGUCAAUGUUCUGCCUGGCGAUAGCCGGGAUCAUUUGGGCUAUCAUCGAUUUUUGCCAUUUCAUAUGAAAGAUUAUUUCAUUGGCUCAUUGAAUUAUUCGCUGCCGCACCACAAACACUUUCUGGAUCGAUCCUAUUACGGGCUUAUCGAUUUCAAAGUGCCAAUAUCGAAGCAAUUGAUUUGCACAAAGAUGGAAUAUAUGCCAAACAUAUACAAUCAUUAUUAUCUAACGUAUCAGGUUAAGAUAUUUGGCACGCCCCAAAGGACAUUAGUAAAUGAAAUACAGAAACACCCAAAUUAAACAAUUUUAUUUUAAGAAUAAAUGUUGAAUAUAAUCUUAGAGAUAU